AUGGCGCACGCAUUAAAAAUUUUGAAAGUCGUACUUCUUCUCACGAUGAUAGCGUGGAAAGACGUCAUCGCUAGCCCCAGUAACGGUAAAUAAUGCCUUUAACAUUAACGGCCGAACAACCACUAGUUUCCCGAUCAAUUAACAAUGGAAACAUAAACUUCAAAAGUUUCAAAUGUAUUGUUGUUAUGUGUAUGAAAUGAAAUUUUAAAAAAUAUGUAGACAAAAUAUCGUCUAAUAUCGUCACGUAUUUGCAAUGAAAAGUGUUUAAAACCUAAAAUAUUUUUGGCGUUCCUCUCAAAAUUACUUUGUUUUAGCUUUAUUCUCAAGUUUAUAGAGUUAGCUACCUUUUUAAAUGCAUCUGCCGGUUGAGAAACAUAACUGAAAUAAUAGUUAAAAAUUGUCAAUUAAAUUAAAAUACAAUUAUAAAUGAUGCUUUAAAAUUGACGCCAUAUAUUUACAGCCAUAUAAGCAAAACUUACUGAACUUCAGACAUCAUUUUCUCUUUGGCGUAUCAUCUAAAAUCUCUUCAUUUUUGCAUUAUUUUACAGAUAAAGCACUAAACAUACUUUUUAAGUUUGUUUGCCGAUUGGAAAACGUAUCGAAAAAUAAACAUUUUGAAUUUAGUCAUAACCUCAAGUGAUAUAUUAUACGCAUUAGUUUUGAGCGCGUGUUACGAAACAUACAAAAAAUCUCCUCUUAAAAAGAAAACCCCCGAAUUCAAUAGGUAAAUGGCUGACUGUUUAUCCACCCAAACUUUUGGAAAUUUGAAAAAGUCGAGAUUACAUACAUGAUCUAUACAAAUAAGGGAAUGUUAUUGGAUAAGGUUUCGUGUGACGUAUCGUAUAAUUCCGUGCGUCUGUCCUCUAAUAGAUCAUGUCCUGCUUGUUCUUUUUAGGUGAUGAUGCUAAGAGAUGCUAUCCACCAUAUGGCUGCUUUGAUAGCUUACCGCCUUGGGAUAAUCCCUUCGCAUUCAAACUUCCCGAGAGUCCAAUUAAAAUUGGCACCUCAUUCAAGCUUUAUAACAAAGACAAACAAAAUGGUGUGGUAUUGGAUAAUACCGACCCCACCACUUCUGACAUUUCAGCAGGAGAUAAAAUUGUCGUCUUGAUUCAUGGUUUAAGUAGUAUGUGUUUAUUAUAAAUAGCUUGUCUCUCGUGCAUGUAUAAGUUGUGACUUGAUAAAAUAACAGCAUUGUUAAUUUGUUGACAAGCUUGCUACAAGCCUGUUGCAAACAGGGCCGUAGCUAGACCGAUAAUUGGGGGGGAGGGGGGUGUGCAUAUAUAUUCAUAUAUUCGUGUUCUGCCCGACGGAUUUCUUUUGAACGCGAUUGUUUUGAACAUGAAUAUAUGAAUAUACCCCCCCCCCCUAAUUCACGUCAGCUACGGCCUGGUUGCGAACACAUCCAUCCUCGUUCCCAGGGCUUCUCGCAAAGCAGGCAGCCGAGAAACCCUGGGAACGAGGAUGGAACACAUCUUGUUGACAAGUUGUGAACUUUUUACUUGGUCACUUUACACUAAUCACAUGUGAGCAAAAUAAAACGAUAUGGUUAUAUAUAUACACAAUUAAGAUCUAACCAGGAAAGUUGCGAAAAAAUGUAACACUAGGUCCUCUAGCAGGAAUCGAACCACGGCCCUGCGAUUGCAGUGCAGCGCCUUAACCACCAGGUAAUCUGACGAUUAGCGAAAGGACCUGGACUAGCAACAGAAUAGAAGUCCAGUUUCGUACCUUUAGUCACUUGUCACGCCCUGAUUCUUUUGCGAAACUGUUUGAAACUUUGUGUCUGUGUCUUGCACAGGGAAAUGAAUGUCUGGGACAAAUUUGAGAUAGAAAUCUAUUACCGUUAAUGAGAUAUUGAGUAAAAUUAAACCAGAAAUGGAUUUCUAUUUUAAAACUAGUGCCAGGCCUUUUCCGAGUUCCGAGAUCACCUGGCAAGUGAGCUACAAAGGCCAGUUGUUGAGCUCUAACCGCAAAUUCAUAUGUAUAUGUGCGUAUGGAUUUUCGGAUGUGUGCUGGGGGGCAGGGAGUAUACCAGAGUUCUUAUUCUCUUGUGUACAUAUAUAUGCUCACUUGGAUGAUUCAAGAAAUACAGCAUUCUAGUUCAACCGAGUGAAGCGCGAAACACAUCUUUCAAGCGAUAUAUGGUUAGCUGAUUUUCGAAUGAUUUACGUACAGGCCCCUAACCCUAAUUUUAGAUUUGCCGAGUCGAGUCGUCGGAGCAUGCUCCCCCCAGAAAAUUUUUAUUUUCUAGUGCUUAGAAACGCCAUUUCCUGCAUUCUGGGAGCAAAAAUUUUUAAAAAAUCAGCAAUGAUAAACAGUGACACAAUGACUAUAAUUUCAUAGUGUGUCUCACAAUUGUAUACUACAAUUAUCCAAUCCGUAAGAAUUCAAGUACUCUUGGUCCAACAUGAUCAGGUACAUAGUAAAAGAAAUGUGUUUGUGGUAAUAUUUGAGACGCUAAUUCGUACUUCUACCCUUCAUCAGAAAUUGAAUAGAUUUCAUUCAGGAUGAGAUGAACUUGAAGUCUUCCUGUUUUGAAUUUUUUCAUAAAAAAUCUUUCCGAGUCAACCGAUUCGGUGACUCAUAGCUACUUACGCGCCUGUAUCUUUCAAACGAUAUGGUUAGCUGAUUUUCGAAUGAAUUAUUAUUUCGUUUGUGGGUAUCUCACAUUGGCCGUUCAUGCUGUGUCUAUUAUUUAUUCUAGCCCAGGGAGGUCAUAAUGAGUCCAUGUACCUCGCUAUGAGGCCUGAAUUGCUUGCAAGAACGAACGCAAACGGUGAAAAGUAUUUGAACGUCAUUACGGUUGAUUGGACUGGAGGAGUACGUCCAAUGUCUUCUCCGUAUGAUUUCCCGACCCUUGAGCAGACUAAUGGGAAUGGUAGAUUAGUUGCGGUACAGAUUUCCUAUUUCCUGAAGAAGUUGGAGAGUCGUGGUAAGUUAUCUUGCGACGACGUUCACAUCAUUGGAUUCAACCUUGGAGCUUCGAUCGCAGGACUUGUUGGAAAGGCGGGACGAAAGUCGCCGAGGUGUAUAAUUGGUAGAAUAACUGGUGAGUCAUGUACAAUAUUAUACAAUAUUGCAGUAUUGCAUGCCUAGUUGUUUGUUAAAGAUGUUAAAAAUUAAUAUACCUUUGAAUCUCUCACUAAAAUUGCUCAGGUCUGGAUCCAAUUUUGAGAGGAUUUGGAAGAGUAUUUAAGGCAGUGUCCAAUGACACCAAGCUUCAUUCCUCAGAUGCGAAGUAUGUUGACGUCAUACAUACACACAAAGACCCAAUCUUCAAAGACCAG